AUGUCAACCAUUGAGGCCAGUGCUGUUUACCUUCCUCUGGCCUUGAUUGACAAGUGCCUUGGGAGCAAGAUUUGGAUUAUCAUGAAGAACGACAAGGAGAUUACCGGCACACUGCGCGGCUUUGACGACUACAUGAACAUGGUGCUUGAGGACGUGGUCGACUACACCUACACUGCCGAGGGCGUUAGGACCACCGAGCUUCCGGAUGCCCUCGUAAAUGGCAAUUACAUCGCUAUGCUGGUUCCUGGCGGCAAGCCUGAUGACGUCAAGUAG